UUGAUGUCAAAGAGUUAGUUGGUGCUGUUGUCGGACAGAAGUUAUAUGACAUGAUGUUUUACUGCAAAAUAAGUAAAACAUUACCACCAGUGCAGCCUGUUCUUGAGGGAGGAUCAUUGUGCAAAGCACCAAAUGUCUGCCUGGCGUGUUGAAACAUGCACCUUGCACAGCUGAGCUAUGGUAGAAGAUGGCGAAAUUAUUGCUUGGGGAGGCAGACAAAGACAGCACUGCAGAAGUGUACUUGGCAGACAACAGACUGAACUUAGACGUAUUUCCAAAUGGCACCAGAAAAUUUUUGGUGCUAUGCAAUACUCACAGGAAGGAGCUACAACAGGUUGAGUUUCUACGGCUAAACUGCAAUGAAGAGGAGAUCGGUCCAUCACUCACAUUCGUUCCUGAACUAAGGAGGCUGAAAUCACUUGUGCUUAAAGGUGGUCACCUUAGGGAUGAAUAUGGUGCGUGUAAGCAUGGUCUGUUGGCGACUUUGCCUGUGAACUUUGGACAUUUCCAGUGCUUGAGCCAUUUGGAUCUGAGUUUCAACCGCUUCGUCUCUUUGCCUGAAUGUCUGACGGAAUUGAAGGAACUCACUGUGCUCCUGCUAAGCCACAACCAACUGGCUGCACUGCCCAACAGCAUUGGGAAGCUGGUAAAACUGUCUUUUCUUUCCCUGAUGAAAAAUCAGCUGAGGGUGUUGCCUGGAAGCAUUGGUGAACUUGUAGCACUUAAGAGAGUGGACUUAUCUGAGAAUAAACUGGAACAGCUUCCGGAUGAGAUCGGAAAACUGAGCAGCUGUACCUGGAUAGACUUUUCAGGGAAUCGAUUGAAAACUCUGCCGUCCACACUCGCAAACAUGGCGUCCCUUGAGGAAUUACAUCUACACAGCAAUCAGCUCAUAACGGUUCCAGCUGAGCUUGCUUACAUCCCCAACUUGUCAAGACUUGACCUGCAAAACAAUUGCCUACGCUCUGUGCCCCCUGAGAUCCAGAACUUGCCCUUUGUGCAUUUGAAGGGCAAUCCGAUAGGGGAGGCAGAAGGCCCUGAAGAACAAGACCACGACAAACCAAAAGAAAUCGCUAUCCGAAACCUUCCAUCUAAUACAGAGAGCUUCACUAUUACUGCUGAGGGUUGCAAUGUUGCUUUGCCCUGCGGAAUUGAAAUCAAUUUCCCACCUGAGGCUGUUUCUUUGAUGACGGUGAUCUCUUGCAAUGUCAUAGCCCCAGACCCUCAGCAGGUGAAACUCAAGCAUCAUGACUUCUUACUGAGCCCUGUUCUGGAACUACUUCCUCACGGUAUACAAUUUAAAAAGGAAGUGGUUAUUUGGAUGCCAUAUAUUUCUUCUCGUUCUGACCACAAAAGAGAAGUUGUGAUGCGAACGUUCAACGGAAGCUGGAAUAAUUUGGAGACCAAGAUUUCUAAGUCACGACGCUUGGCCAGUUGCAGCGUGCUCCAUUUCUCCUGGUUCAUCGUUAUUUCACGACUGAAGGAGAAUAAGUGCACUGUCCCAACUGAAGGAACCCGACUGUUCUCUUCUGUGGAUCCUAAUAUCAAGGUGAUCUUUCCAUCCGGGGCAGUGAAUGAGACGCGCACUGUGAAAAUGCAGGUGUUCCCUGUUACUGUAGAGGAGUUACAUGAGCUCACGGAUGAUCAGGACUCUCUUGCAAGCCCUCUGCUCUGUCUGUCACAAAGCUCAAUGGAUGACUUUCUGAAACCAGUUACGAUUCAGCUUCCAUUGCCCUCUGGGAUCUCAGGUUUUACUCUGGCCCGUUCCAAAGUUCAUUUACUUCACGGAGAUCCAGAGAUUCAGGAUUGGAUGGACAUUACGGAUCAGGUGGUGCUGGAAUUCACUCACCUUUAUGCCAUUUUUGAAGUUUACCAUUUUUCAUGGUACUGGCUAUGGUACACAACUAAAACAUAUGUUGGUGGAAUCGCUAAAAAUGUGUACGAACGCCUGAGAAGGUGGCAGGUCAGUUUUCUGGCACUGCAAAGAAAGAGGGACCCAGAGCAAGUUCUGCUCCAGUGCCUUCCCAAACACAAGGUUGAGUCUGUCUGCAAGAAUUUAGAGAAGAGGUAUUGGGGGCCUGAGCCAUCUGACAUUGUGGAAAUGUUUGAAGGAGAACAGUUUUUUGCUGGAUUUGAAAAAGGGAUUGAAAUUGUUUCAGAUCGGCCAGACUGCAUAGAUGGGAGAAUCAGUUUCACCUUUUAUUCACAUCUGAAGAACAUUAAAGAGGUUUAUGUCUCUGCUCUAGCAGACAGGAAAACGCAAGAUGUGAAAGGACAGGUUUCCUUUUACAGAGGGUCCUUGCCAGAAAAUGUACCUGAAGAGGCUGCUAAGAAAAGAAAAGGCCCGGAUUCGAUGUGGCUGGCCACUUUGCCAAUCAAAUUGCCGAGACAAAAAUCAAAGCAUCAAAAUGAGUUGAGAACUUAUCCACCAUUAAACCUAGGUGAUGAAGAAACUGGCUACCUGACUGAAGCUAAUCUUCUGAGUAUUGCCAGAAGAAUCGGGUCAGAAUGGCAGAAUAUUGGAAUAAAUCUCGGUUUACCUUACUCAGAAUUGGAAAGAAUAGCAUACAACAACAGGGACAACCUGGAUAAGCAAAUCCUGGAAAUGCUCUUCACUUGGGCACGUUGCAAUGCAAAUGUCUCAGGCUGCAUCCGUCACCUCAUUCAAGCAAUGAAGGAGAGCGAUCGUGAAGAUAUUGCUGAGGAAAUAGUUAGUAUAAUUGAACUUGGCAAGAAGAAAUACCGUGAGUCUAUUCACCGAGUUGGACUGAGCCAAGAAAGCAGCGACAAAGAUUCAGCCAUAGCAAUGGUAUAAGCCUGAAGGCAUUGAUCCCGCAGGGAAAAUGCACUUGAAUCUUCCGUGAUAUUACUUGAGGAUAGAUGGGAAGUUUUCCAUUCCUAUUAGAACUUUAUUAGACUUUUAUUUUUGCUGACUGUUGGUGUCAAGUGGCACAGUGAAUUUUUAGUAGUACUACUGAAAAAUUGAUGGUCUUGUGUGCUUCUGGGCAAGAAUCACAGAGUCCCUGUGUUUGUGUUUUAUACAAAUAUAGAGAAGACUGCAAGACUGAACACAAAUUUUGAAACAAUGUGCAAUUUUCAAUAUUAUUGCAGUUAAUGUUUGAUGCCUUUUUAUUUGACUAUGUGUUACAAAGAGAAGCAAGCUUUCAAUACUUCUCAACUUCUGCAGUUAUUGAUAGAACCUUCUGUUCCAUCACAAACUGUUCACUUUUCUCUGCACCAGUAUUUUACUGCUCUUUGACCUGCUAAUCAACUCUUUUCUUGAUCCCCAUGCAGAUUUAUUCAGAAAAAUUGAUUGUUGUCCGCAUCAACAUGCAAUUCUUUUCUUUAUGAGUCCCCCAAUGUUGCUUUGCUCUGAUAGAUGGGCAAGUGGUCUGGAAUUCUGGCAGAUUGGGUUGCUAUAUGCUAUUGCUUAUGGCAGUAGGAAACCAGGAAGAAAACUUAGGAACACUAGACUGUGUCUGCCUGUCUGUUGGACAAGAUGUGUUAAUUCUUCCAUACUAACAUAUAUACUGUUUGGAUAAAUUUUGCAACCCAGUAUUUAGCAGGGCCAUGUUACAUAACUAAAUAAGUAAGUUAAUGAGUUAACUUUGCUUUGUUAGAUUUUUUUAAACAGCCAGUUUGCAUUUCCAGUGCCAUGUUAGCCUCCACACCUGCUUGCACAUGGGAAUUUUUUUUCAACCUUUGUGACUUUGCUAAGGAUGAUUGACAACUGGCCUUUCUCAUUGUACAUAAGCUUACCCACCAAUAUAAAAGCUUACUACAAACAAUCAUAUGAUUCUAUGAAAGCUAUAACCCUCUGCAUCUGGAGGAAAAUAAUCAAAUCAGGAAUAAAUCUUUUUAAAAACAAGGAUGUAUUCACUUAAAAGUUACACUAAUUAAUACUAACAUGGAGUUUUCCUUUCCAGUAGCUGGUAGUAUGCAGUCAUUGUCUUUCAGAAUGGAUGCAGCAUGAUCAGAUAUGUUUGUAAAUUCUAAUUGUCUGUGGUAUAAUUCACAGUGUUGCACACCUUCCUGCAUAGUUAGCAGAGCCUUUGUCAGUUCUGUCUUUCACAAAACUGCCUUCAUCCUUUCCUCUCUUCCUCCAUUUCAGAGGUUUGCCUUGACCAACUCCACCAACCUCCACAUUCAACAAAUGAUUUUCUGCCUUUCCUGCCUCCUCCAGCAUAAUGCCGGCUCCUAAAAUGGCUUCCCAUGUUUCAAAUUGCUUUGGGUCUAUUCCAUAUUUGAUACCUGGUUCCAUUCACAAUCAUCAGCAACUCACCUCCCCUUCCCAUGGCAUCUUCUCAUGCAAGUGCAUAAAAUGCAAUGCGUAUGCUUUGUUCUCACCCCCUGCCCUCCAGGGCUUCAAACAUUGUCAGGUGAAAUGUCAAUGUACUUGUACGAUUUAUAAUUGAAUAUCUGCUGAUCAGAAUGCCUUAUCGACGCAAGUUACAUUAAGGUGGAAAACUUCCAUUUAAUCCACUGACAUGACUUCUCUCUUACAAUCACCAAUCCACUCUCGUCCCAUCUGGCAUUACUGUUACUGAUAAUUUUUUUAAAUGUAAGUACUGUAAAUUUGGAAAAAAAAGCAGAAAAUGUAAGCAAAUUAGCUUGCAUUUAUGGAAGAAAGUUAAAAUUUCAUCAGUAAUAUCAGAAUUGAAGUAUCUUCCAACUAAAAUGUUAACUUCUUUUUCCCCAGUUGUAUUUCUGAUAUUAAUGUAUUUGAUCUGCUACACGGUUCCACUCAAUUGCAGCACAAUUUCAAGGAGAGAAUUUCAUAAAUUGCCACCUCUUUUUCUGUAGUGAUUAACAAUUUCAGAGAAGGAUCCUACUGUUACCUUUUAUACCUCCACUGCUUUCUAUAUCACAUUCCUUUGCCUUGCUCCAUUAUUUCUUUUGUUGUUUCCCAUCCUGUCCUUUCACUCUGUCACUGACAUUCUUUGCUUCUCCAUCUUUCUUUCCUCUCCAGCUUUAUUUCCUCUCUGUGACUCAAAGCUAGCUCAUCUCUAAGUUCUUUUCAGUGGUCUGCAGUGGAAAGGGAGAGCAGCUUCAAGUUCCUGGGUGUGAACAUCUCGGAGGAUCUGUCCUGGGUCCAACAGGUCAGGACAAUCACAAACAAGGCAUGCCAGGGCUCUACUUUGUUAGGAGUUUGAGGAGAUUUUGUAUGUCAUCAAAGAGUCUUUCUAUAGAGGUACGUGGAGACUAGUUGAUUACAGCCUGGUACAAAGCCUCCAGUGCAUGAGUGUCUGCAGGGAGUUACCCAGCUCCAUCACAGACACACUCCACCCCCCCCCCACCAAUGAGGAUUAUCUUCAAGAGGGGCUGCCUCAAGAGGGUAUCGUCCGUCAUUGAGCACCUUCACCAUCUGGGACAUUGCCUCUUCUGUUUACGUACUACCGUCAGGGGCCCAAACACCCAUACUCAAUGAUUUAAGAACAGCUUCUUCCCUUCCACUAUCAGAUAGCCCAUGAACGCUACCUCAUUAUUCCUCUUCUAUUGCACUUUUUUUUGUUAAUUAUAGAAUUUCAUGUCUCAGUAUUGUUCUGCUGUCAAAAAAAUAACAAAUUCCAUGUCAUACGUCAGUGAUAAUAAACCUGACUCUUGAUUCAAUUUUGAUGUGAAAAAUUAACAUUGUUUUCUCUCUAUGGACACUUCCUGAUAAGUACCUUUUACCAAUCUGUGGUAUUUACAGUAGUUCAAAAGCAAACUACCUUCAUUCUGCUGGGCUGAAACAAAGUAAGCUUUGUUUUUAAAUGAAUCUCCUUUUAUUUUUGUGUAUAUAACUGGGUGCUUGAGUAUAGCAUCUUAAAAUAAUUUUUGCACAUAUCAUUUAAAGACUGCACUAAGCACAAGCUUAAUUUCUGAAUGUAUUUCCUUUUAAAUCUAGCAACAAUUUCAUGUUUAUUUAUCUUAAAAUGUAGUUUGUUCAAUGAACAACAUAGUGUAUAGACAUGAAUUACGGUAUUCUGAAAUGAAUUGCAAUUAGAAUAUUGUGUCUUACUUUAAAAUAAUGAAUAUUGAUGCUUUAUCCUUUCAAAGAAUAUUAUGUUGUUCCCACUCUCCCUAAGUUCAUAGUUAAAAAUUGAACUUGCCCCAUAACACAUUCCUCCCACCUUUGCUAAUUUAAGAAAUACCUAGGGUCUUGUAUGCACUCACAUGAUUAAAGUAAAUUCAAUUCCCCAGUGAAAGAGCACUGAGAGUUAACUCUAAAUGACACUGUGAAGUACAGCAUGGAAGGACUUGCUGGGAUCAGCUCGAGAUGUCCCCUGCAACUAUAUCCUCUGGGGAUUAUUACUCUGCCUCAGUGUCAAGUCCUAAUGCUUGAAUGUCUAGUGUGUUUAGUUAACGUUUGUCUAGAUGGCGUAAAUCAUAAAAUUUACUGCAGCAGGCAUACCUGAUUUGUACAAUCCAAUAGCAAUCUGUUAAAGAAAUUUGGAUAUAGAAAUUAACCUACAUCUCUUAAGAUUGCUCUUCGUUUUAAAUAUUUAUUUGAAGUUGAAUUGUUAAUAUAAAAUGAGGUUCUGAGCAUGA